CCACGCCCCUUGUGGCCAAAAAGAGGAGGGCUCGGCUGGUGAGGGGUACCGGGUUGCCUCAUUCUCCGUGGAAACAUACCUCCGCCACCGAAUCCUCGCCUCUUUCCAAGACCCUCUCCUGCCACCUAGGUGAACGCAGGGAGGCGAAGCCGGGCGUGUGGGGCGCCAUGAAGGGCCGCCGCCUCACGGGAUCGGAGGCAGAGAGGCUGGCCGGCUGAGGGUCUGUGCUGGGCCGAGGCAUGUGGAGCCCCGGAGGGAGCCUUCUCCAGACGCUGCCCCGGCUCCUGCAGCACGCCACUCUUCCGGGCCACGCCGAACUGCCGCCCCGCUGGGCCCAGCAGCUGGCGGCGAGCAGGGACAACUCAGCUGACAGCCUCCCCCGUGGAGGCGGGGCGAGUGCGGCGGCGGCGGCAGUAGCGGCGGCGGCGGCCUCCGGGGCCCUGCUCGGCGCCUGUCUGGAGCGCCACGGUCAGCCUGCGGCUUCAGAGCUGCCGGCGCCGGGCGGGGCCUUGGCUGGCAGCCCCGGGAGUGGCAGCGGGGGCGGCGUGGUGGUCGGCGUGGCUGAGGUGAGAAACUGGCGCUGCUGCUGCCUCGGCAGCACCUGUUGGUGCCGGAGCCUGGUGCUGGUCUGCGUGCUGGCCGCGCUGUGCUUCGCUUCCCUGGCCCUGGUCCGCCGCUACCUGCAGCACCUUCUGCUCUGGGUAGAGACCCUCGAUUCGCUGCUUGGAGUCCUUCUCUUCGUCGUGGGUUUCAUCGUGGUCUCGUUCCCCUGCGGCUGGGGCUACAUCGUGCUCAACGUGGCCGCGGGCUACCUGUACGGCUUCGUGCUGGGAAUGGGACUGAUGGUGGUGGGCGUCCUCAUCGGCACCUUUAUCGCCCAUGUGGUCUGCAAGAGGCUGCUCACCGCCUGGGUGGCCGCUAGGAUCCAGAGCAGCGAGAAGUUGAGUGCAGUUAUUCGCGUCGUGGAGGGAGGAAGCGGGCUGAAAGUGGUGGCACUGGCCAGACUGACUCCCAUACCUUUUGGGCUUCAGAAUGCAGUGUUCUCGAUUACUGAUCUCUCCUUACCCAACUAUCUGAUGGCAUCUUCAAUUGGACUGCUUCCUACACAGCUCCUGAAUUCUUAUUUGGGUACCACCCUGCGGACCAUGGAAGAUGUCAUUGCAGAACAGAGUGUUAGUGGAUAUUUUGUUUUUUGUUUACAGAUUAUUAUAAGUAUAGGCCUCAUGUUUUAUGUAGUUCAUCGAGCUCAAGUGGAAUUGAAUGCAGCUAUUGUUGCUUGUGAGAUGGAACUGAAAACCUCUCUGGUUAAAGGCAAUCAACCAGAUAUCAGUGGCUCUUCACUCUACAACAAGAGGACCCUAACAUUUUCUGGAGGUGGAAUCAAUAUUGUAUGAUACUAAUAAAUUUAUGAUUGUCAAGAGCCUAAUGUGCUGUCCAAGUUCUAGUGGUCCCCUCACUAAUGGGCAGACACAGGUUCUAAUUGUAUUACAGCACACACACACAAAAAAACUGACUAGUUUUUAAAUUGCACAUUUUUUUUAAAGCAAAAAUAAUUUUCUGAAUAUUAAAUGUAAAUAUAGUUGCAAUUUUGGCUGCACCUUUUUAUCAUUCAUUAUGCCCAUAACGGCCUAUAGAUCUGCACUUUAGUUAAUUUUUCCCAUUGUUUUCUUUCUGGGUACUUAUGAACAGAGAAACAAUAAUCCAAAUAUUUUUCUGCUUAGUGUCUUUAUUUAUAAAGCCCAUGAAUAGUUGUAUGCAUCUUUCCUAUUUAUAAAGAUGAGUAAUAGUAUGCAAUUUUAAAUGUGUAAUAUUAUCAGAUAUUCUUUGCUUCGUUAGUCUUUCCAGAAAGGAUGUAUAGUCUUUUUUGCUUUUUUUCAAUUAUUUUAGGUGGGACCACUUUGUUUCCCUUUUCCUUAAUAGUUUAGAAAAUAGACAUGAACUUUUGUUGAAAUGUAUUUUUUGCAAGGACCAUAUUGUUGCAGGGCCAUUUACACCUAUACACACAGCUUAAAUCCUACAUUGUGGGACUGAAGUGCUCUUAAGAUAACUUUUUUAGUUUCACUGUGUAAUAUGCAAAGCAAAAGGGAAAUUAUUUAAUAGGUGGUGGCUCAAAUUAGAACUUACGUUCUAAUUUUAUUACAUUGGCUUUACCCUCCUUAGGUCUCUCAUCAAAGGGCUGUCCUAUUGCAGUCUUACUAAAAAUAUUACUAAAUUAAACUUCUUUUUUUAAUGUUCAUAAUUAGGCUUUGAAAUAAAGAUAUUAUCCUUUAAAGUGGUGGACUUACCAUCAUUGAACAUGUCACUUGGGUGGCCUUGUUUAAUCAAAAUGCCUUUUUAAAAAAAUCAAGCUUUAAAAUCAUGUUUUUAAUUACCUUGAAGUACAUAUAUAUUUGUGUCAUAGUCUUCAGCUUUAAAACUGUAAGUAUAAUGUUAAUGUCCAAAUUUGUAUUAUUUGCCCUACUAUAGAGUAGGUUUAUUUUGGUUUUUUGAUACUUGUUUUUCUCUGAUAAGACUCAGGAAUUCUGAAAUGUGAAACUAAGUCCUCAAUUCUUUAUUCUGUAGCAUGAAUUGAGUAUAUUUAUUAAUAGCACUUAUGUAUAUAAAAGAUAAUAAUUAGGUAUAUGAUUCAUAUGGCAUAUUAUUGUUCAUUUAUCACCUUAUAUUUUUAAAUAGUUUCAUUGUGAUCUUAAUGAUUAGUUUUUUUAUAACAGAGAUUAUAGAUAUGAAUGCAGAUUUUCUGGUAUCUCUUUUUUAGCUAUGAAGAUACCAUCUUAUCAGAGACCUUCCAUUUGCCUAUUCAUUAGGAUAAAAAUCUUUGCUCUGAUUUACUAUAGUGUGAAAGAAUUAUUUGGAAGCUGAUUAGUCAAGUCUUAUGCUAAAGAUGCAUUUGAUCAUUUUCAUGUGUAAACAUGUUGCCUUAUUGCAGUUAUAAUUGUUUUCCUUUCCUUCAUAAUGCCUAAGUUUUCUUAACUUUGAGUAACAGUGAAGUUCAUUUAUAUAUGUCCAUACCAAGAAAACCUCAGUGCAAAUGAUCUGAUAGGCGCCUGGGUCUAUAGCCCUACAAAUCUUUCCUUCUUUUAUUAGUAGAAAAAUAUAUAUAGUAUUGGAAUGUUCUUAUUCUUUUCUAAAUCCUAAUUACUUGUUUAAUUAUUUUAAGAUGAUUUUAAGUAUACCAAUGAUCAGUACAUUUGAUUUAUUAUUUUUGCCUAACAUGACAAUAUUUCUCUUGUGCUUCUUGUUUGUCGGUUAGAUUUGUUAAUGAAAUCAUUAAGAUCACCACUUUCAUACACUUUUGUUACACUUCACGUAUUUCGAAGUGCAUUUAUUUUACUUAGCAUUUUGUAACUUGAAUAACUUUACCAAAUGAAUUCCUUUUGGUAGUUUGUAAUGAGUUCUUCCAACUGUUGCAUUUUGCUUGGUACUUUACAUCUGUAAAGGUGAAAGAGAAGUAAUUUUUCUGUAUUAUGCCAACGUAAUUUUAUGUAAUAAAAUCAUCCAUUUUUACUUAAAAUAGUAUGGAUUUGCUACUUCUGAAAUACUGCAGUUUUCCUUUUUGGCAUCAUUUCCAGCCUCCAAGUAAACUGCAGUCCCUUAUAGUUAUGUUGUUUGAUAGCUGCACUUGGUUGCUGGGUUUUUAGGUGUGCUGUCUAUAAAUUGUACAAAGCAUUACCAUGCCUUACGCACUCCAUCUUUAAUGCUGCAUCCCAGAUUUUUGGCAGCCACAGAUUUCUACAAGCAUCUUUUAUGUUGCAAAAUUACUGCUUCCAUUCAUAAAGUAUAUAUUUAUAAAAGAAAAUGUUUUGGACUUCACAGACCAUUUAAGUGCAGUUUAAAGUUGCUUUGUUUUUUAAAAGUAUACAAUAUACUGAAUCUCAAAUCUGAUUAAAGGUGUAUUCUAUUUUUAUUUGGGGGGGCUUUUUCUUAUUUUCCACAUUUUCUGGUUUAUAUGAUUUAGUUAAUUUUUUUGCCAAGUUUUGUCAUGUAAUUUUUUUAAACAGCAGCACCUCCUUUUAAAAACAUGUUCAUGGUAAUUUAUUAGUGCUUUCUUGUUUAUUUGCAUUUGACCAUCUGAUUUGUUAAAUAACUUGAAAUCUGUACUCUGGUUUGUAAAAAUAAUAGAACUAGAUCUUUGUCAUCAGAAUGUGUAUUUUGAGUUUAUGUUCAGAAUUGACAUUGUAGGUCUAUUCAGAGUCAGCAAUACUCACCUUUUGUGCAUUUGUAAGUCCAACUGCAGGACUUUCUAAGAAGAGUCCCCUGCUAGGGUCAAGUAUAUGACUAUAAAACGUUUCCCUCUUUGAGAAGCUAUUAAGUUCAGUAUCUACUAUUAUUUACCAUUGCUGUAACUGACCUAAGUGGUGGAGCUACAAGCAUGUCAUAGCAUUUCUGUGUUUGUUAAUGCACGAUGAUGAUUAUAACUGUUCUUGGGAAAGGUACUAUGGUUUGCAUAUGUCAGUAUUUGUGGGACUUUCUUUAGAAUGAUGAAAGUUGCUAGGUAUGUGCUAGGUUGAUGCAGGUAAUCCUUAGGCUCACAGUAAAUCCAUGCUAUUCAAAACCAGUCUAUAUUUGGAGAUAAAAAGAUAGGUUUAAUGAGGACCUCAGGAACAAUGGAAUUUUGUUUCAGACACAGGCCACUCAGUGUACCAGAAUGAUGGUCAGAAUAACAUUGUCUGGUUUUUAAAUUGGACAUUGCUCAUUUCUGUUAUAAUUUACUGUUCAGGAUUUCAUUUUUUUUUUUUUAAAGGUCAUGUCUUUAAGCUGAAAAGCCUUUAAAGAAGGAAGUGGAAUCACGUAUUUAACAGGAUAUUUAAAACUAAGGAGUUCUAAUUACUUCACAUAUAUUGAAUAUAAGUUGUUAACCAAUUCUACAACUAAACAAUAACUUGGUACUUCUGAUUUGCAAAGUGAUUGCUGCAGAAUAUUUUCUAAGGUAGCUGAAAAUUUAAAAUAGAUAAUCAGUAUAAUCUCUUGAUAACUGGUAUCUCAGAUCACUUGUAUAUCUGAGAAAAUAAAAGAUUAUGUUUUAUUUUUGUCCUCUCUUCUUUUUCUUUCCCUCUCUAAUCUAAUGGAUAUGGAGAUAUGUGCCAGAGGAGGGGGCUAUUCAGGAGGAAAGGAGAACAUGCUCCUAAAUCCAGGAAUGCUGGUAAUUGACCCUCAGUGCAGGUUGUUAUAGUUAUAGCAGAGGCCCUGUCUUUCUGUGAAAGACAUCAGAAAUUCUGGUGUCUUAUGUUGGAACUUGAUCUUCCAUGUGUUUUUUUCUAACACCCUAAAGUUAUGGCUACUUAUUUGUUACUUAUUUGUCCCAGGUUAGAGUAAUGUUUAUGAUGCCUUUCAUAAUAUUGAAAGACUUUUACCAAUCUAAUUUUUUCUUGAUUUCUAUCCCGUUUCCAUAACUGUUUCCUGGAGAGCCCAUUCCAGUUGCCAUAAAGCUUUCAUCUUAGUACUUAGAAAAACACUUGUCCUUGUUUAUUUGUAGCAGAUCACAUACUGUUGCCUGUCUAUUUUUUCUAGACAUUUUAGGUGAAAAUGGUUUGCUAGAACACAAAGUAGGCCAAAGAGGGGACAUCGCAUGCUGCAUACUGCUUUCAACUGGGGUAUCGCAGUGGAAAACUCAUUGGAUAAACUCAUUGGAAUGUUGGCAGUGUGUGUGUUCAUUACCCAAGACUGUAUAGUACUUUCUUCCAUACUUACCCCCCUUGGUUGAGGGUAUCUAUCAGCACUCAGAAUGUGGGGGAAACGUAUGUUAAUAAUAUUGUGAGUUAAAUAUUGAACAAUUUUAGGGAAAACUUUAUAUUGUGAUAGUGUUAAAAUAAGGUACAUGUGUAUAGUAAAUUUAUAUUUAAUCA